AUGGCCGACCAACAGAACAUAUCUCAGAUCCUAGCAGCCCUAGCUGCCGCGCAGCCUGGCGGUUUAGCUGCCCCGGCCACGUUCGCAGGCUCGAAUCCGAGCUCAGCACCGCUCGUAAACCAAACGGGCUUCUCCCUUCCGCCUCCUGAUAGCACCGGAAGUGUCGAUAUUAGCGGUGUCAAACCGGUCAACACUGGAUCCGUCAGCAUCGCAGAUGCGAUUGCCAAAGCUCGCGGUAUCGCAGCGGAGAAAGGCAUUGCGUACGGUUCAAAUCACGAUCAAAGAGGCGCGGACCCUCGACGUGACUCCCGAUCGUAUCAUCGCUCGCGCUCGCCUUCGAGAACACCGCCACGCGCUACGCGCGAUGUUUUCCGAGACAACUACAAUCCUUACCGUGAUGAACGUCGCGGAGAUAGGCGUGGGAAUGAUCGCGCUUACGUCAGAGAGCGAUCCUUUUCUCCUCGUCCUGCGGGCCGGGCAACGGACGCGUAUCCCGCCCAGCCAAGCAGACCUCAUCGGGGCGCAAGUGAUAGGUCGCCUCCCAGUAGAAGGGGGGGUGGGAUGGAUGACAGUACCGAAACGAUAAAUAUAGAUUCAAAGCUUGUCGGAUUGAUCAUUGGUCGACAAGGAGAUAAUCUUCGAAGAAUUGAGUCCGACACCGGAACGCGGAUACAGUUUUUGGAUAGCCCCGAAUCAAAUGUUAAUAUCAGACCUUGCAGGAUUUCCGGAACUAGAGCCGCGCGGAGCGAUGCGAAGGCGGAAAUAUUUCGUAUGAUCAGCGAGAAUAAUGCUGCGCGAGGUGCAAUGGCUUCUGCAGAUCGCUUUGCGUCUCGCGGCCCGCACGAACCACCUGGGAGGCAACCUGGGUAUGGAGAAGAUGAGAACUCCUCAACGCAGAUGAUGGUCCCCGAUCGGACUGUAGGUCUGAUCAUUGGCCGCGGCGGUGAGACGAUAAAGGAUCUUCAGGAUCGCAGUGGAUGCCACGUGAUUAUUGCGCCUGAAGAUAAAAGCCUUAAUGGUCUUCGGCCAGUCAAUUUGAACGGAGCCCCAAGGGCCAUUCAACGGGCGAAGGAUCUUAUAUUAGAAGUAGUGGAAACCGACUCACGACAGGGCGGUGCCCCACCACAACGCGAGCCACGAGGAUAUGCGCCUGAAAGAGAUACAGGAGCUCCAGCCCCUGAGCGAGGCGAUGACAGCAUUUUCAUCCCCAAAGAAUCUGUUGGAAUGAUCAUUGGAAAAGGCGGCGAUACCAUUAAAGAACUGCAGAAUAUUACUGGUUGCAAAGUCAAUAUACUACCGGCUGUUGGCCGGGAGGUUGACAGAGAAGUUGUAAUGAUAGGGUCCAAGCAAGCCAUUGAACAGAUGAAGAAGAGCAUCUUGGAGAAGGUCGAUACUUUUAAAUCACGAUCCCAAGCUAGACGCGAUGAUGGAUAUAGUGAGCGAUAUUCGCAGCCCCAACUCCGGAGUUACCCUCAGGAUCAGGCCAAGUCAUCACAGCCCUCUCAAGCGUCGGCUCCGGCGGCGGGAGGCGAUAGCGCCGAUCCUUACGCAAUGUACGGCGGCUACGAGAAUUACGUUGCAAUGUGGUAUGCGGCAAUGGCUCAACAACAGCAGCAACAACAGCAGCCAUAUCAGCAGCAGUCUCCUUCCGAUCCCAAGCCGCCAGGAGUUCCCUAAUCGGUGUGAAUAGUGCGAAACGACAAGAUGUACCUGCUUCAACGUCAAUUUCUUUAUUCUUAACCCAUCGAUUACUUAUUUUCGCAGUGCGCGACGCAUUAAUAAAAGUCUAGCAUUCCGCAGUCGGUCAAGCCCCCUAUUCGGGCGUGAUUCCGAUAAAACCUCAGCCUUUUUCUUCCAAAAUCAGUCUUGCAUCCUUUUCCUCCUUUUCUCUAUCCUUUCAUUCCUGAUCGGUAUGAUUGAGCUUGCCGGCGUUAAACGGGUUUUGAUGACUUGUGUGGAGUGUGCAGGCGAUUUGCAUUGAUUCACCAGUGUAUUUUAGUAUGUCUGUUGGGUUUGAUAUUCAUCCCCGCGGGGAGGGCGCGCUGGAAAGGAAUAGGGGAUGUGGCCAAUUUUUUUUUUCCUUCGAAAUUGCAUUCUGAAUGUAUGAUGGCUUGAAAUGUGACGAUUAAUUUGCAUGAGGGAAUGCAGCCUCUGUGGCCGUCCAGAAAUCAGCGACGAGUAAAAAGCAGUAUGAUUUGACCUAGCUUCUUGCGUGAUAUCCUAGCCUUUGAUAUAUGAAUGUGUUGGCUUUAUUG